AUGACUCUUAGUUCUCUAGACAGCAUCCUCUUGGUCUCUCUCUUCCUUAUAUCUCAACUCUCCCCUCCUAACACAUUUCCCUUUUCCUCUUCACUUCCGCUUCACAUUUCAUUCACUCCGCCCCUCCCUCCCGGUGACGAUCUUCUGACUGUUGACGAUUACACAUAUCCAACCUUCUCCGCGGCCCUCGAAUACUGCCAGGAAGCACAUACACACCCAGAUGAUCAUUAUGACCAGCUAAAGGUUGAUGAUACUCCUGAAGACCUGUUUGAAGAUGCUGAGGAUCUUGAGGCGGAUGUCGACGAUGAUGACCCUGGAUCAUGGGAAGCAUUAGCCCGACAGUGCCCUGCUGAUGAUACACUUACCUAUCUUCCGGAUGGAGAUGCCCUAGGCUCCCGGGAUCUUGAUACAGAAUAUCGGUGGGAGCAGCACAUCGGCCAGUACCCAGAUAUCCUUCUGGGCCUGGAUUACUGGAAGCUCCAGAAGAUCAACUUUCCUGCCACACUAGGUAAUACGACUGAUGCUUCACCUAGAUCCCUGAACACCAAACAGAUGUUGUUAUAUGAGCUAGUGGUGGGGCACUAUGCGCGCUGGUUAGAGGACCAUGAUCUUCCGUCAUCACGUCCAUUUUGCGGGGCCCCUCUACCCUAUAUUCCCGAACAGCUGCUGAUUAACCUUGACGGCAGAGCAAGGACUGGAAAGUCCCAUCUCAUCAGUAUCCUAUCAAGUAUCCUCCAAGGGCUCGCUGACAGGGCGAGUAUCCGAGGGUCUCCCUCCUUCCAAGUCGAGCCAUAA